AAACCUGCCCCCCUGCUCACAGACGUCACCACCGCCGGAGAGAGAGCCUGCAAGCAGCAGACAACAGGACCUCGGCUGACACGCGCACACGCACGCUCACUUCCAGAUCAUCAGACCACCAUGCCACAAUAAUACACGCAGCACCACUACGGGGAUACGCAGCCGCACUGCGAAGCGAAAGGGGGGGGGGAUUGCAGCCGCCCGGGAAUGUCCACCGUGCGGACCUGAGGACAACAUGAAGCGCAAGAGCGAGAGGAGAAGAGCCGAGUCGAGGAAAAAGCGCUGCGCAGCUCCCGGCAGCUGCGAGGCGGAGCCAAACUCCAGUGUUUACACUGAGAUAACAGAUCAGCUGUAUUUCGCCAUCCUAACGCAGAAGAUCAAGAGCACAGCCGACCGACACUGCUUCUGCAUCGACGACGAGCUGGCGUACGAGAACUUCUACGCCGACUUCGGUCCCCUUAACCUGGCCAUGUUCUAUCGCUUCUGCUGCAAGCUGACAAAGAAGCUUAAGUCCAUCAUGCUCUCGAGGAAGAAGAUCAUAUUCUACACCUGUGGAGACCAGAAGAAACAAGCCAAUGCCGCCUACCUGAUCGGCUCUUACGCAGUCAUGCAUCUCAACAUGAUGCCAGAAGAGGCCCACAGUCUGCUGGUGUCGAGGAAUUCAACAUAUAUUCCAUUCAGAGAUGCUUCGUUUGGAACCUGCAUGUACAAUCUGAACAUCCUCGACUGUCUGCGCGGCAUUCAAAAGGCUCUGCAGUACGGCUGGCUCGACUUCUCCAACUUCGACGUGGAAGAAUACGAGCACUAUGAGAGGGCAGAAAACGGAGAUCUGAACUGGAUCAUUCCGGGGAAGUUCCUCGCGUUCAGUGGGCCUCAUCCGAAGAGCAAAAUAGAGAACGGCUACCCGCUGCACGCUCCCGAGGCCUACAUCCCGUACUUCAGGAACCACAACGUCACCACGGUCGUCCGACUCAACAAGAAGAUGUACGACGCCCGGCGCUUCACCGAAUCCGGCUUCGAGCACCACGACCUGUUCUUUGUGGACGGGAGCACGCCGAACGACGCCAUCCUCAGGAAGUUCCUCAACAUCUGCGAGAACGCGGAAGGGGCCGUCGCCGUCCACUGCAAAGCUGGUCUGGGGAGGACCGGCACUCUGAUUGGCUGUUAUAUGAUGAAGCAUUACUGCCUGAGUGCUGCAGAGGCCAUUGCCUGGAUCCGGAUCUGCAGACCGGGCUCCGUCAUCGGGCCUCAGCAGAACUUUGUCGAAGACAAGCAGAACAGUCUGUGGGCCGAGGGAGACGUUUUCCGGGAGAAGAUGCAAAACGAACGCGAGAACGGCAAGGCGUCCGUCACCAGGAUCCUGUCCGGUGUGGACGACAUCAGCAUCAACGGGAGCAACAAGAACCGGGCGUCCAACAAGGAAGAAACGUACAACGACGAUGAGGAGAGAAACGGCCUCACGCAGGGGGAUAAACUGCGAGCCCUGAAGAGCAAGAGGCAGGCCAGAUCGUCCUCGGGUUCUCUGUCGCAGGUGGUAGCGUUCUGCUGCAGCCUCAUGGGCACGGUGUGGCCCAUGUGUUGCCCGCCGUUCAAAAGGUAGCAGGGAGAGAGAGGGAGAGAGAGAGGGAGAGAGGGAGUGACAGUGGGAGAGAGGAGAAUCAGAGAGAGAGGAUGUGAGGUGUUGUGCGACGGAGGUAAGUGCACAAUCGCUUCCUUUUUUAACUGACAACCUCUUCCUGUAGAAAUAACCGCUGUGCCAGUGAACGGUAUGGCUGACGUUUUAAUGCAUACUUUUUGUUAUUUUUCUUUCCUUUUCUGUCUUUCCUCGGACGACCAUCCACGCGGUCAAUCACCCAGUGGAUGUAUCGCAUUCUCGUCUUCACCUCUCAUAGACCCGACUGAGCCGACCCGCUUUGAUAUCGACGCUUAUCCCAGAUACCCUGUGAGUUACAGCAGCGCUCUGUAGCCUGCUGUACUCCUCCACAACCGCACCAAUUAUUCAACUAAUCGCGCUUUUACAAAAAAAAAAAGAUCCGGAUUAGUUGAAUGAAAUGUUGUGGGCGCUCGGCUUGCACCAGCGGCUUGGCACGUCCCAGAGAGUGGUGCUAUCAAGGGAAACUUGGUCCUCGUUCUGAUCCGCAGUAGUUUCCUGCUUGGGAAAAUGUGCUAACGUAUCCGCUGAGCCAUCAAAGCUUCAGGGGUUCUUGGGGAAACUAGUACUUUGGUGUUGGAAGGCUCGGAUUUGCUUUAAAUGUCGUUUUUCGGGAUGGUAAACUCGUCCCGGCCGCCAUUAUGACGCAGAGAAUUAUCAUCCUACGUGGCGUGUGAGCUCCGCGGGUGUAAUGGGAUUUGUUCGCGCGGCGGGCCGUCUAAUGUCGGCUGAAGUUGAUCAGGCGUCACUGUUUAGGAAGUUUAGGAUUAGAACAACGAUUUUCUGAAGAUGUUCUCCUCCUUUUCCAUGCAUGGCAACAGGCAUGAAACCCGGUGACAUGCACGCAUGCAUGCACAUGCCUCUGUGUCAGAUCUGUUUGUGUUUAACAUGUUAUUGAUGUUGGGCAGGGCUCAUUGUCAAUUGCCGGUUGCUUUUUUUUGUUUUUCCAUUGCUUUUGUGACUGGAUCAGUGUACACGUACCACCUGAGCUCCUAUACGGCCCCUUUUUGUGGAACAAAUUUCGAUAUUGGAGAAGUAGAGCUGGUGCCGUUUUUAGAACAAAGCGUUGGAGCUCGACCGAUCUAUUAACAAGACGGCAUCAAUCGGUGUUUGCUCUCCACGCAUCUAGCUGUCGUAAGUAUAUUUAGCAAGAAUCCCCGUCUUUUUAUGAGGUCCCAUGAGAUCAUAUAACAUUUGUGCCAGAAACAAUUUCCUUUUUUCCAAAGCCAUAUUUUUGGUGAUAUUAUUAAAUAGUUAUAUUUCAGAGUGAUAAUAGUCAAAAAAGUAAGUAAGUAAAUGUACAUACUAUAAAUUUAUCCUCACGUUUAUACAACGAAAUCCCCAAUAUUGUCGUAACGACUAAACACAACCCAUCAACGCAUUAUUAGCCUCUAGAAUGUAGAUUCCCACAAAUCGGUCGAGCUCCAAGCACAAAGCGAACCACCGAGGCAACGAGGACGAGCGAAGAACAAAACAACCUGCUGCCGUGAGCAAAGCUCUGUGAAAGGUGUGAGUGUGUGUGUGUGUGUGUGUGUGUGUGUGUGUGUGUGUGUGUG